CGAUCGCAGUCGUCUUGAGUCGACCUCCAUUUUCGUUCCUUAUCUUUUAGACUAAUGGCGCUGUGCGAAAUAAAGAAAUAACAACAAUAAUCAGAAAAAAAAGGCCCCCAAUCCGGCUGUCAAUCACCUUACGCCUUUAACCCUCCGGCAUCUCCAUUGAACCCCCGUCGUCUAGGCCUGAAAUCCGACUUUCGACUCCGUUCCAAAUUUUGGUUAAUUUCGUCAUUGAUCGUGAUGUUUACACGCGCCCGGCAUCAUGAACCUUAGUUUAAAUUACCUUUACCUCGAACUUACCCUUGCUACACUCCACUUCGCAAACUCAGCGUCUGGGGCACGUAAUAAAAAAGACAAAUUUGUACAAAAAAAGCAUAAAUAUCAAUUAGCAACGAAAAAAUGGUUGAACCAGACUAUUGACAGCGGAAACAGCGCACUGUUUUAUAGUGCCUCUCAUAAUACCUGGUAUGCAAACUACUUUCGACUAAAGUCCAACGUGGAAUUCUUGAGUGAUAACAGCUCCCCAAAAAUAUUCUGCUUCCAGGACUAUUAUCGAAUGUUUCAUGUUCUACUGGAAAAACAAGUGCCAACCAUUCUAAUCACAGCUCAUAAUCCUUAUCACUGGCAGCGCUGCUAGCGCCGAUAGUCUUUCUCUAUCGGUUUGUUUUACUGAGAAAUAUUGUUUUUAUUGCCAAAUCCACGGUGGUUGUUUGGUAGAUGGUGGGUGGUGGGUGGUGGGGGUUGGAUCUUCGUCUUUUCACACCUUCGGGGCAUUGAAUCGGAUCGCUGAUCGCGAAUAGCGAGCCGUUAUCAUUGUUAGCCGCUUUUGUUGCUACAUUCCAUAUUGUUAUUAUAUUGGUACGUGAUCGGGUCUUUGUUUUGAAAUUCAUGUUCCAAACACAAAACCCCUUUGGUAAUAUCGACUUAUACGUGUUCUUACAUAUACAAAUACAGUGAACGCUCGACAACAAGAAAAUUUGUUUAUAGAAUAUUUUUGUUUCUUUGUUAAAUAAUAGUAAGAUGACAAUAUAUAUCAAUUAAAUCAAAACCAGAAUCGUUAAAA